AUGUUGCCUUACAUCCCCAUUCUUUUCUUGUUCUUGCUGUUCAGCACGCGGAAUGUGGUUGUCGGGAGCCCCGUGGCCUCGCCAGCCCCAAGUGCCUCCGCCGAACAGCCAGUUUAUAUGAUUUUUUUUAAAGAGGAGGCAACCCAACAGGAAAAAACGGACUAUGCCACCAAGCUUGAAAAUAAAGUAUCAGAAGAUUAUAUGGAAGCGAUCAUGGAGGAUGAUGAUGACAUUUAUGCUAUUGCAGCUGUCCUGACCGAGAAAGAAAUCCCCGAGUGGAAAACGAGUAUUGUAGAGAAAAUCGAAUCAGCCAACGCCCAGCCUGACGAAGGCCUCCUGAACGACAAGUCCCAGAUCGAGGCGCGAGACAUGUACUAUGACAGAAUGAACACCAUCGACCCACGCAUAGAUUAUGAGGACAUGCUGUUUCUCUCCCAGCCAAAGGGGUUGGCUAUGGAUGAGUUAACUGAUUUUACUUACGACGACACGGCCGGGGCCGGUGUCACGGUUUAUAUCUUUGAUUCGGGGAUCAACCUAGAGCACGAAGAAUUCACCACCUCGCCCCCCGGCAUCCGCAGAGGCAAGAUUUCCGUGCUCAAAACCAAGCGAAGCAAAUUCGGGAAACUUCUCGACAAUCCUAUGCACGACGAACAUAGAGACGACCAUGGGACUUGCGUGACGGACCGAGUCGUCGGCACCCUGUAUGGCAGCGCGAAAAGCGCCAACGUCAAGAUGGUUCCAUGGGCCUGGAAUCGGGGAAGACGCUGGCUUUGGGGCGUUGAACGGGAAGUGUUGGCCAUGGUCCUGAAGGGCCUGCGAACCAUCAUCAACGACAUCAAGGAGGAACGCAAGAAACCGGAAAACAAAGACGGGUUUUUCCCGGUCCUCAAUCUGAGUUUCAAUUACCACGUUGAUAAGGAAAAGAACCAAAAGACCUUGCAAGCCUGGCAUGACAUGAUCCAGGAAUUGAUCGACCUGGACGUCACGAUUUUGGCAAGUGCCGGCAACAACGGGACAAUGUCCCCCAGGGUCAACGACUAUCCGGCCCUUUUCGCCGAGAGCUUUCCCAGCAUGAUUGUCGUUGGGGCUGUGAGCACGAGGGGAAUCCCGCCUCACUUUACUCAGGGGAUAGAUGAUCCUCUGGUGAAAGCCUUUGCGCCUGGGACGUAUGGUCCCGGGCGAUGGAUGCGAUGCGCGGCUGGGCAGGGGAAAAAUAGCUGGCAGGACACAGCAGGAACCAGCCUUUCGGCUUGA